CUUCUUCGUCUUCUUCUGCCUCUUCGCGGGCGGAUCCGAUCGAAAUCUCGCCCAGGGUUUCUUCCUCGAGAUUGAACAGAAGCGUCGAGUCGCGAGGCACCUUCAUUUCAUCACAGUGUGUUUCUAGGUUUACAGCUUGAACAUCUUUGUGAUUGCCGGCAGUUUUAUUAAGGGAGAAAAGGAAAAAAAAUGCUGGGUGGACUGUAUGGGGACCUUCCGCCUCCUUCUUCAGCAGCUGAUGAAGAGAAAAGCAGUAGUUCCACUGUUUGGUCGAGCAGCGCAAAGAUGGCGCCGGCCACAUUGCGAAAGCCGUCAUCUGUACUUACACCUCCUCAGUCCGUUUUGAAGAACCAGCAGUCGCAAAGCAAAGCUAAAAGCUCAAUUGCGUCACAAAUGAAGACUCUGAGUUCUUCUGCUCCACCACCAUCUUUACCAGAAAAUGGUACAAAAAGCUCAUCCUUUCAGCCAGCUCUUGUCGGGGUAACAUCAUCAGUGAUCGAGGAAUAUGAUCCUGCAAGACCAAAUGAUUAUGAAGAGUAUAGGAGAGAGAAGAAGAAAAGAGCUGCAGAGGCUGAAAUGAAGAGGGAGCUGGAGAGGAGGCGUCGCGAAGAGGAAGAAAGGGAGAGAGAGCGUGAAAGAAGGGAACGAGAAGCUGCAGAGAGAGAGGAUAAUGAUCAUCAAUCAAGGUCCUCAUCAUUGAGUAUUUCUGGUGAAGAAGCUUGGAGAAGACGUGCUGCCAUAAGCGGGGGAGUUGCUCCAAGGUCACCUUCGCCACCUCCAGGUGGGGAGGGGUUUAGCAUCGGAAAGUCAGGUUCGACUGGAUUGGGAAUUGGUGUUGGUGGGCAGAUGACUGCUGCACAGAGGAUGAUGGCAAAGAUGGGCUGGAAAGAAGGCCAGGGACUCGGCAAGCAGGAACAGGGAAUUACUACUCCACUGAUGGCCAAAAAGACUGACAGACGAGCUGGGGUGAUAGUUAAUGCCAGCGAGUCUAAACCAGAUAAGAAGCCUAAAAGUGUUAAUCUCAAUAGCUCACCGACUCGUGUUGUACUACUCCGGAACAUGGUUGGACCAGGAGAGGUGGAUGAUGAGCUUGAAGAUGAGGUUGCCUCCGAGUGCACCAAGUAUGGCACUGUGACACGUGUCUUGAUAUUCGAAAUCACCGAGGCCAACUUCCCAACUGAUGAAGCAGUCAGGAUCUUUGUGCAAUUUGAGAGAUCAGAGGAAGCGACAAAGGCAUUAAUUGACCUUGAUGGUCGCUUCUUUGGUGGAAGAGUAGUGCAUGCUUCAUUCUAUGAUGAGGAGAGAUUCGGAAACAACGAGCUGGCUCCAAUGCCUGGUGAGAUACCUGGUUACCCAUGAGAAGAUUAAACGCUGACCAAAUUGGGGAUCAAUGUAAACCUGUGUGAUUUUCUUUUUUGGUAGAAGCUGGAGUCUGAUUUCCCGCAUUGGAGCUGUGCCACUUGUUUGGCAAAAUUUAGGGAACUUUUGAUGCUGGCAACAAUAUUUAGGAACACAACCAACAUGGAUCAAGAGCUGUACAAGCUAUACCUCUUGAGAUAUUCCUGAACCAUGGAGCUUAAUGUGAACUAUUAUUAGUUUGAGGUACAUAUCAUUCUGUGUGAUGCAUUAGUAGGAAAGUGUAUCUUUUUUUGGGGAAAAGUUGGUAGACCUAAAGACAUGCUUGGACAUGAUCCUUUUCUGGAUAUUGCUUGUUCCAUGGUUGCUUUUAUUAGUUAAAACUGUGAGGUCAGUUGUCAUAAUGAUUCAUCCUAAUGUUUUCAGCA